UUCCAUGACACGUUGACUACAGCCAGUUAACACCGAGGGACUGUUUCGUAAAAAAUUAAUCGGUGAGUACUCUAAAAUAUAUCACACUUUACGACGCUGUUCAAUUUCAUCUUGAAAUAAAACGUAGUUAUCACAGCGAAAAAGCCGAUGGCUAUAGUUCGGGAUCAUCUCUCAAGGGAUAUUUUGCCCCCACGACUAAGCGCGAUUCUCUUAACAGUUUGUCACUAAUUCAAUCUGCAUUCAGUUUUCUUAUAAAGAAAACAUAUCGCAAAGAACUAACUCGGGAAAAAAUUUUUUCUUGCGAAGGCUGAAAAAGACUUUCUAAAAUAUAAGUGUGGGAAAGAUAGUGCUCUUUCUCCUAAGAUUUAUGAAGCCGAAAAUGAGACUAAUUUUGUCGGCUUUUCGGCACGAUGAAAGCACUGAAGUGGAAUGAUGAGGAUUUUAGUAAAAACGCAAUUACUGCCCUUUUCCUGAUAGUCAUUCUUCUUCCUGUUUCUAGCUUCUUUAACAUUAAAAAAUCAUUCGAAAGCAUUUCGAGAGGUUUAGCGUUUCUUCCGAUUCUGGGACGCUCGCCGACAACGAAAUGGAUACGUUUUAAAAGUUUCCACGAGAUUCUAUUCCUCGAAUGGCCUCCUUAAAAAUUGAUUCUAAAUAAGUGAAUUUUCGGCCAGUUUUACGAAGGCCACCUAGCUUUGUAAUAUUGUAAGUAAAACACCAGUCACAAACCACAAACAAAGCACUAAGCAGAUUGUACUCAACUAUGACUUAUCAUCAUGAUUCUAAAAGCAAUUUAGAAACCUUUUGCCAGUUUCUUCCGCCGCACCACGUUUUUACAUCAAAACGCCGUUCAUGCCGCGUAUCUGAUAUGGUCUGAAUUAACCUCUUUGCUCAUUUUAGUGAGUUGGUAAGAAUUCAAUUUUAUUUUAUUUUGUACUUCAUCUUUUGUUGUACUGAGCCACAGGCUAAGUUUAUUACUUAUUUUUCAAUAUUUUUCAACAAGCCCACGUAUAUGAGUCAAACUGAAAUCAUUAAUUUUUGGCCGCUCAACUUCAGAAAUCUAUUUGGGCCUAAGUGAAAAAAACAUAUGGCGUUGUUGUUGUCGUUGGUUCGUCUCUCUUCAGUUGGGUGUUUGUUCUACCUUGUCUUGAGGCUAUGUUCUGAUAAUGACACAAAAAUUUUAAGUCUGGAAGAGUUAAACCAGUUUGAGUUUUUGUAGCCGUACACUAUUAGAAAAAAAGGUCAUUUAAGUAAGUAAUGAAUAUCAGUCCCUCUUAAAUAAUAAAUCCUUGGUUGUUAUCAAAACAUUCUUCCUUGUGCUCAAAUAAUUUAUUUCUAUGAAGAAUUAUUACUUUAAUUUUGGUCAACAUGUUUAUUAUUGCCACAAUAAAAGAGAAAGGCAUUUUUUUUUCCUCAUUUUCUUAAAAACUAUACUUCGUUUCCCUGCCAUAUGCGUUUGCUUAUAACCGCCAGUGAAACUUAAAUGUGGCCGGCUAUUCACACCAAUUUUAGUUAAACGAAACUAUUUGUAAAUAUGCUUCCAAGGUACAAGUAAGAAAUAAAUAUCUACAUUUUGAAAAAAAGUUUAAAAAAACACUGUCUUUUUAUCUGUCCUUUUUUUUAUUAAUACUGACAAACAUUGUUUAUUUAUCAAUUUUGUAUCUUUUUGCAGCAGUGCCACUAUUCGUUUGGCUUCGGACGUGCAUAAACACGCGCACACUUAAAAACCAAAUCUAAGCUAUUAAAAUCUGUCAUAAGAGUUUUAGAACAUAUUACGAAUACAUUAUAUUUGGAAAAAUUUCGGCUUCUUGUAACUUAUGACAAAAACCGUUGUAAAAGUUUUAAAGAAUACAUCUUGGAAAAAGAAAAGUAAAGUAAUGUUACCAAAUUAAAAUUCUUAAUGGAAUGUAUCUUUAGUAUCUUAGUGUAACUUUAGUAUCUAAAAGUUGCUCAAGUAGUUUCAGGCCUAGGUCUCGGAGGUUUUCCUACGAAAAUGAUUUAUAUUGCUUUUAACUUCUGCAAAGAGGGUGUAAAUAAAUCUAAAUUAUUUAAUGCUCAUAGAAGGACCUCAUCGUCUUAAACAGCUUAAAACAAAAAUCAAGUGAAGUUGCCAACAAUUGUUAAUGGAACCGAAGGCUGAAAGCUUAAAUGGAAGUGAAAACGAUCCAAGGCGGAGAAUGCAGACAUGGAGGGACGAUGAGUUUUUGCUCGGUUUUGAGUUUUCAAGUACAUUUUGAUGGAAUUGUUGGACAUCAGGAGGCGUGAUGUAUGAACAGUUCAUGGGUGACUACACUUUGCGUGAUUCGGCGUCUCGGCAAGUUCAGUUAUUUAUAAGCUUCGUGGAUUUUCGAGCAACCAGCCUAGUCUCCGUCUCUUAUAUUUUUCCACCUACAGUGGUAUUAAGAACUCUCUUCCUUAUCCUAAACAUAUAUAUGAUACGAGCCCACUACAUUAGUAUGAGUCUUGCAACAGUCAUAUGGGAAUGUUCAUUAAACCAAUUUUC